AUGACUUCUGGUGGAAAUUCUAAUGGUUCGACUUAUCGUAAACCGGAUGCAAAACGGAAAUUAGUUGUCACUGGUGAUGGAGGAUGUGGAAAGACUUGUUUAUUGAUCAUGUAUUCUGAAAAUCGAUUUCCAGAAGCUUAUAUUCCUACUGUAUUUGAGAAUUAUGUUACAAUGGUACCAUUUCCAAAUGAUUCAUCUAAAUUUGUUGAAUUAGCAUUAUGGGAUACAGCAGGACAAGAAGAAUAUGAUCGACUUAGACCUUUAUCUUAUCCUGAAAGUGAUGUGAUCUUUAUUGCUUUUGCCAUUGAUUUUCCUACUAGUUUAGCUAAUGUGACCGAUAAGUGGCAUCCUGAGGUUUCACACUUUUGUGAAGGAGUACCAUUGAUUCUGGUCGGAACUAAGACUGAUCUGCGACGAGACCAACGGACAUUAGACUUAUUAGCAGCACAAGGGACAACUCCAAUAACAGCUCAACAAGGUCAAGCAGUAGCAAAAGAAAUUGGUGCAACAUACAUGGAGUGUUCGGCAAAACAUAAUGACGGGGUAAAAGAAUUAUUUAAUGCAGCACUCAAAUUAGCAAUGAGAGGACGUAAGAUGGAAAAAAUGAAACGUAGGGUUUGUAAGAUUCUAUAA